CAGUCAUGGGAACGCGUUCACGUUGACUAGAGAUUCUAUCUUUCACCAACCACCAAGUAAAGAGAAAUUGGUAAAAUGGCAGCUGCUCAGGAGGAUUUGAUUGAUUACGAAGAAGAGGAAGAUUUGGUUCAGGACCAAUCUGCUCAAGGAACCGCCACUACAACUGAAGCUACUGAAAAUGGUGAAAAAUCUGACAAGAAAGGUUCUUACGUUGGUAUCCACUCUACUGGUUUCCGUGACUUUUUGUUAAAGCCUGAACUUCUUCGUGCAAUCACGGACAGUGGAUUUGAACACCCUUCUGAAGUGCAGCAGGUCUGCAUUCCCCAGUCCAUUUUGGGAACUGACGUUCUCUGUCAAGCUAAAUCUGGUAUGGGUAAAACAGCCGUUUUCGUUUUAUCUACCCUUCAACAAAUUGAACCAGUUGAUGGUGAGGUUUCUGUUUUAGUUUUGUGCCAUACCCGUGAGCUUGCUUUCCAAAUCAAGAAUGAAUAUGCUCGUUUCAGUAAGUAUUUGCCUGAUGUCCGUACUUCUGUUUUCUAUGGUGGUAUCAACAUUAAGCAAGAUAUGGAAGCUUUCAAAGAUAAAACCAAGGCACCUCAUAUCGUUGUCGCUACUCCUGGACGUUUAAAUGCCCUUGUUCGUGAGAAGAUUAUGCGGGUGAACAAUGUCAAGCACUUUGUUCUCGAUGAAUGUGACAAGCUCUUAGAUAGCGUGGAUAUGCGUCGUGAUAUCCAAGAGGUUUUCCGUGCUACUCCUCCUCAAAAGCAAGUUAUGAUGUUUAGUGCUACUCUUUCCAGCGAAGUCCGUCCUAUUUGCAAGAAAUUUAUGCAAAACCCUCUUGAAAUUUACGUCGACGACGAAACGAAGCUUACUCUUCACGGUCUUCAACAACACUAUGUGAAACUCGAAGAGAAGGAAAAGAACAGAAAAAUUAAUGACUUACUCGACUCCUUGGAGUUCAAUCAAGUGGUCAUUUUUGUAAAAUCUGUUAGCCGUGCUAACGAAUUGGACCGUCUUUUACGAGAAUGUAAUUUUCCUUCUAUUUGCAUUCAUGGUGGUCUUCCUCAAGAGGAGCGUAUCAACCGUUACAAAGCUUUCAAAGAUUUCGACAAGCGUCUUUGUGUAGCUACCGAUGUUUUUGGUCGUGGUAUUGAUAUUGAACGUGUUAACAUUGUAAUCAAUUAUGACAUGCCUGAUUCUCCUGAUACUUAUCUUCAUCGUGUCGGACGUGCUGGUCGUUUCGGUACUAAGGGUUUGGCUAUUACCUUUGCUGGUUCUGAUGAGGAUUCUCAAAUUUUGGACAAAAUCCAGGAACGCUUUGAAGUUAAUAUCACUGAGCUUCCCGAUGAAAUUGAUGUCAGCUCUUACAUGAAUGCUUAGUUUUAUUCAUAGAAACAAAAAAAUUUUUAUAUUCCCUUAUGCUUUCUAAUCCCUUCCUACGCGAUCUGUUUAAUGUGGUGUGGUGUUACAAUUAUUCAUAUAACAUUACCCUUUUGUACCCUCGUUCUCUUCUGUUUUACUAUCAGUUGUGUCUUUUUACUUUCUUUUUUGGUGAUACACUAAGUUCUUGUUUAUAUUCGUUCUUCUGUAUUUCUAGCUAGUGAGAAUGAUGGGUUAAAAACUAUAGAUUUUGCGUAGUAGCGUGUGUAAUUACC